GUUCUUGCGGGACACCCUUACAAUGACACACAGCUGACACCGACUGCCAAAGGAGAUUCUAGAAGCAAUAGGAUGCAGGGUUUCAUAUCCAGUCUCCCUGCAAGCUUGUUAAAAACGCCACUGACUUCCAAACGACGUCCCUCAUCCCCUUCCCAAGGGUCCUGAGAUGGGAACUCAGACUGUGAGACAGAACAACAUCUCCACAAUUUGGCUUUUUGUUGUUGUCCUUUCUUGUUGGGGAACAGGAGGACUCCAAGCUCCCAAGCCAGUCUCUGCUCCCUUCUGUCAGCUUGGUCUUCAGAGCGCUGAAGGAAACUCAGGAACAAACUUUCUGCCUCUCCGGCAGCUGACAGCCACACUCACAGAGCCGAGACAUUGGCCCGGGAUCCAGGAGCCAAAGAUCGCGAAGCUUGGCGCCGCGGAGCGUUCAGGGGCAGGUGACACAGUUGUGGGUUUCUCGGAGCUGGCUUGACAGUUUCCUCCCCGCCCCCUGGCAGCAGAGCGCCCGGCCGGGCUUGCACACGCGCGCGCCGCGGGCCAUAAAAGCAGCGGCCAAGCGGAGACGCGGAGCUCGCCCACCGCCAGCCAGAGCAGCUGCCUCACCAUGCACGUGAACGGCAAAGUGGCGCUGGUGACCGGGGCAGCGCAGGGCAUAGGCAGAGCCUUUGCAGAGGCGCUGCUGCACAAGGGCGCCAAGGUAGCGCUGGUGGAUUGGAAUCUCGAAGCAGGUGUCAAGUGUAAAGCCGCCCUGGAUGAGCAGUUUGAACCCCAGAAGACUCUGUUCAUCCAGUGUGAUGUGGCUGACCAGCAGCAACUAAGAGAUACUUUUAGAAAAGUUGUAGACCACUUUGGAAGAUUGGACAUUUUGGUCAAUAACGCUGGAGUAAAUAAUGAGAAAAACUGGGAAAAAACUCUGCAAAUUAAUUUGGUUUCUGUUAUCAGUGGAACUUACCUUGGUUUGGAUUACAUGAGUAAGCAAAAUGGAGGAGAAGGCGGCAUCAUUAUCAAUAUGUCAUCAAUGGCGGGACUCAUGCCUGUUGCACAACAACCUGUUUAUUGUGCUUCAAAGCAUGGAAUAAUUGGAUUCACACGCUCAGCUGCGAUGGCUGCUAAUCUCAUGAACAGUGGUGUGAGGCUGAAUGCCAUUUGCCCAGCCUUUGUCAACACGCCCAUCCUUGAAUCCAUUGAAAAAGAAGAAAACAUGGGACAAUAUAUAGAAUAUAAGGAUCAUAUCAAGGAUAUGAUGAAAUACUAUGGAAUUUUGGACCCAUCAAUGAUUGCUAAUGGAUUAAUAACACUCAUUGAAGAUGAUGCUUUAAAUGGUGCUAUUAUGAAGAUCACAACUUCAAAGGGAAUUCAUUUUCAAGACUAUGAUACAUUUCCAUCUCCUUGAACAUCUUAUAUAUGAACCAUAAAUGAAAAUUAGUGCAAAUGACUGAUUCACACCAUUAUCUUCAUUUGUCUAUAACUUCUUAAAUGAAAUGUUAGAAGCCUUCUUUCAUGCACUUGCUGUUAAUUUUUUGGAGUCUUUCCUUCAUGCAUUUGAUGUUAACAUUUUUCUAAAUGCAAUUAUUUAAGUAUAGGAAUACUUAAAUAUAAAUAAAAAGUAAUAGACAAAAGCUAAGAUGCAAUAACAUGUGGCCUUUACAGUGUAAGUACUGAUUAAAGCAAAGGAUAUCCAAGGAAUAUUCUGCCUUUCAGAAAAUGUAUUUAAAAUCUGUAGUUCAUAAAUACUGUUUUUCAGAGAAUAAUUUUAAAGGAGAUACUUGAAUUACUAUUUAAAUCCAACCAGAUGUAGAAAACUCAUUUUGUUUAUAUUUUCACACUUUAAAAGAGGGAAGCUAGUUCAUAAUGACAAAUGUAUAGUAAUAAUAGUUUUACUUAUGUGCCAUCUUUAAGAUGAAAUUUUCACUUUUUUAAAGAUGUGGCAUAUUUUGGAGCCAGUGGUUAGGAAUAAAUGAGAGUAUUUUGGGAACUCUGGUGUACAGAAAAAUGAUGAAAAGCAACCCACGGAGACCGUUGAGUCACCGUUCAUUCAGCCUCCCAAGUAGGAAAUAUGUUUCUGUCUUCAUAACUUAAAGAACUUUAAUUGACUCAAAAAAUCUCAGGAAUGAAAAUUUUAACAGUUAUAGAAGAAAAGUAUGCUAGUGCUCCUAAAAUUUUAUAGUUAAGACAUGCUCAUUAAAAUUUUUUAUAAAAUGUUAUGUUUAAGAUAUGCUCAUUAAAACUUUAAUAAACUUUUUAAAAUUUGUAUCAAUUUCAAAAGUGUUUACCUUUCAAUAAAAUUCUUUAUUCUAAUCUCACAAAUUACUUAGAACUUUGUGUAUACCUAUUGAGGAGAUACACCAAUUUUGUCGUAGCCACAAGUAUAAAUGUUUUUGUAUAUAUGCAGAAAUUCAUGGUAACAUGGAGGAAAAAUUAUCUGUAAUGUUUUGCCCUUCUCACUGUCAGAUAUUUUAAGGUACAGUGAUUAAAAGCACCUGCUCUGGACAACACUCUCUCACGCAAUAAUUAAUGUUCAUAACAGCAAAAGCACAAGAUUCCCAGAUUAAUCAAUUCCUCAAACAAAUAUUGUGUAAGUGACUCAUUCUGCCUGCUAACUCCAAACCUAGCUUAUAGCAAAACUUAACCAUGUGAGACUGAUAAGGAUUUCCUAGAGAUUGUAAUGUUAUCGUACUUUGCUUUUUUAAUUCUACCACAGGGAACUGUUGCCUACAUUUUAAAGGGAUAAUCUGAAUAUGAAUAUUAGUCUAGAGUUGCAUGUAAGAUAUUCAACAUCGAAAAAUGGAUGUCAGUGAACAUCUGAUAGAGAUAAAAUAUAAUAUUAGGCACAAACUUGUUUGUGUACUCUGGCAGUGACCAACCAGUGAAUGAUGUAGGUGUGUGCAGUCUCAUUUAUCUUACUAAUAUUAUGUCACUCUAAUGUAAAUAUAUGCUUGGAACUUUUCAUUUAUGGAUUAUUUCUUCUACUGGCAAUUUCACUAUAAUUUAUGCUUUGAAUUAGUUUUUUUUUUUUAAUCCAAAAACCUUUUGGAUAUUUACUAAAUAGAACUGGAAAAAAGGUGUAUGUUAAAAGCUUACUUUGCUUUAAACUUCCUUUCUAUAAAUCACUUUAAGUAAAGCUAUAGUGAUUUUUGAUAUUUCCAUGUAAUUGGUUGAGAAAACUAAUUAAAUCAAUUUGGGGGAGGGGCACUUGGUUUCCUUAAUUGUAUUGUUCAUACGGAUCUUAAUGUAAAUAAUAUGUAUUCCUUUUUAAUGUAUUUU